AUGCACAGGAAUCGGAAAAGUCAGGCUAAUGCGCUCCCGCGGGGCUCGCAAUACAUUGAUGGCCAGCUUAUCCACACGGCGACGAACCAAAAGUUGUUCUUCAACACACAUGUAUGCACUGUGUACCGUGAGAUCUUGAAACCGAGCGAGCCAUUCCUGAAGACCACUGCGGAACAUGUGAUGAAUAAGCACACCAGGAAGAGACAGGCGCACGGAACGGCCAACAUUCUGGAAGACCGGUUCACCAUCGAACCGAGCAAAUCGGGUGGUAAAACUCCAUUUCGGCCUUACCUGUACUACCGUGAGAUUCAGGAUAUACAACGAAGCAAGAAAAAACCAGAGUACUUUGUUUUGAGUAUACUCUCGGAGAAAAGCGACAAACGUUACUAUGAAGUGUACAAAUGCAAAGGGAAAGAGGAGGCGUCACGCUUCGAAAAUUAUGUACGUGGUGCAAUGAACGAUCCCGAGAAGAUGGUUCGUGAUCCAUCCUACAUCGGUGUGGUACCAGUGUCUCAGACGGACGACUUAAGACGUUCGCUGGCCAACGUUGUGUUUGAAGAAGUUCCCUCGUCCGAGGAAGAGGAGGAUGAGGACCAUACAGUCAAAGUACAGAAACCAGACACGACGUAUGUGGAGAAGCCUCGAGUUCGUGAAAGCAUCCCACCACCCAUGCUGCAAACACAGCCGGCCGUUCACGCCGUACCGGUUCAGUCAGCGUCGCGCAGCCCAAAAUUGUCUACCAGGAGCAGCAGCUUUCCCAGUGAGUUACCCGACGUUACAUGCAUCUAUUACGAAUGGAAAACUGGUAGACCUGUGAUUAAUGAAAAUGGGCCUUUUUAUAUGUAUUGUAUGCGUACGGAAAGCGAGUAUAACCAAUCUCCGUAUGGCGCCCGUAAGGGUCAGAGCAUGAACGAUGGCAUGAACUAUUCACCAAGCUACAACAGCACGUAUCGUCCGUAUCAGUCCAACGAGAGGUCUGCCACACGUGACGGAAUUAUUUCAACCUACGCA